CAUCCGCAGCAGUAAUGGCGGCGGAUCCGGUUACCGCUCCGGUCAGCUGUUGAUCAGCUGGAUUCAUGCUGUGUGUCGGAGCAUCUGCAGGCUACAAGCGUCCAAAUCAAACAUCUAAAACACACCAGUAACCGGAACCGAGUCCACGGGCGCGCGACCGGCGGGAUUAAAGCGCGUUCAUGACGGGAAACCUAAGCGCCUCAAUCAUGGAUGUGUUUGCGUUCUUCAAUCUGAACGAGCUCGCGUUUGGGCUGUCAAAACUGCCAAUGUUCCCGUAUUUCGACAUGGCACAUUAUAUUAUAUCCGUGAUGAGUCUGAGAGAACAGCCAGGAGCGUUGUGUGUGUCUCAGCGGAGUCCUCUGGCCUGCUGGUUCAGCUCGAUGCUCUACUGUUUCGGUGGAGCUGUUCUCUCUGCGCUGAUGCUGGCGGACGCUCCGGUCGCACCACUGUCUAACACCACCAACCUACUGCUGGCCACACUCAUGUGGUAUCUAGUGUUUUACUGUCCGCUGGAUUUGGUGUAUUCUCUGGCGUCUCUCCUGCCGCUGCGUCUGGUCCUGACCGCCAUGAAGGAAGUGACGAGAACCUGGAAGGUUCUGAGUGGUGUCUCGCAGGCGGGCAGCAAAUACAGCGACGCUCUGUUCGUCAUGGUGGCGGUCGGCUGGGCUAAAGGAGCUGGAGGAGGACUCAUCAGUAACUUUGAGCAGCUCGUUCGUGGCGUCUGGAAGCCGGAAACGAAUGAACUUCUCAAGAUGUCUUAUCCGACCAAGGUGACCCUGUUAGGAGCCGUGGUGUUUUCUCUCCAGCAGUGCCGUUACCUCCCGAUUCAGACACACCAGCUGAUCUUCAUCUACACACUCUUUACCGUCACCAACAAGACACGGAUGAUGCUGUUGGGUUCUUCAUCACAUCCUCUCUCAUCACUGGAGUCGUUCCUCUACAAGACUCUGUUUGUGCGUCCGCUGACUGACCUCAGUGCAGAACACACACACAGCAAACACAACGGCUCCGUUCCUGAGCCCACAACACCGCAAACACACACCAAAGAAGCAGAAACCAGCAAAAAGACCAACUGAAGCUGUGUGUGUGUGCGUGUGCGUGCGUGCGUGUGUGUGUGUGUGCGUAUGCAUGUGCACAUGAGUGUGUGUGCGUGCAUGCCUGUACACAUAUGUGUAUGCGUGAGUGUGUGUGCAAGUGUAUCCAAGUCUAUGUGUAUGCGUGAGCACGAUUGCGUGCAUGUGUGCAUAUGAGUGUGUGUGCAAGUGUGCGCGUGCAUGUAUGUAUGUGUGUUUGUGUGCAUGAGUGUGUGUGUGUGUGUGUGUGUGUGUGUGUGUGUGUGUGUGACUGUGUUAGCGUGCUUGUGUGUGUGUGUGUGUACAUGCAUGUGCACGUGAAUGUGUGUGCGUGCUUGCAUGAGAGUGUGUGUGUUUGUGAGACUUUGAGCGUGCGUGUGUGUGUGUGUGUGUUUGUGUAUGUGCGCAUGUAUUUGCGUGUGUAUGUGCAUGUAUUUGCGUUCGUGUGAGUGUGUGUUUGUGUGCAUGUGUGUGUUUGAGUGUAUGUGAGUGUCCCAAUGUGUAAGCGUGCUUGUGUGUACAUGCAUACAUGCGUGCAUACGAGUGUGUGUGUGCGCGCAAGCAUGUUCACUUGAAUGUAUUUGCGUGUGUGUGUGUGUGUGUGUGUGUGUGUGUGUGUGUGUGUGUGUGUGUGUGUGUGUGUGAUUCUGAUGUAGCAGAGACCCUCCUCUAUUUUCUACUCCUGAUCUUUUAAUGCACAGACGCUCUUUUACCUGAUCUCUGAUGCUGUGUGUAUAUAUUUGCUCCUGAUUGACAGAAACUCUCUUCUUCUCUAUGCUGUAAUGGGGGACGGGGGGUAUUUUAAUAUCAGAUUAUUUAUACUGCACUUGUGAAUGCAACAAAACAGUGUAAUGCUGAAAUCUAUUUUACUGUAAGAUGUUUUGAACUUGAAAUAAUUGAGUAUAAUUGACAA